AUGACACGAAAACAUAAAACAGCUCUGCCUUUCAAAGGUGCAGGAACCUCUUUGUUAGGUUCAGAAACGGAAGUUCUUGAUACUACGGUCGAAAGCAAGAGUAGCCAAUGCAGUAACAGCAAUGACGUCUCAUUGGAGAUGCAGACAUCCGGGGAAGCGUCCGACCUUGAGAGCAAGAUCUCAUUAAAACCCGAUGCGCUGCUUUCCAGCGAGCAAGGUGAUGGUGCAACGUCUGCUCACAUGGAGUCCCAGAAGAAGAAGAAGAAGAAGAAGCAUAAAAAAGGCAGGGAUACUGAUGGAAUGGGACUGUUCCUGUAUGUUCACUUUUUCCUUUGGCCAAUUGCGCGCUCUGCCUCUGGGCCUCCCAGCACGGGUACUUUAACCCCAAGAUUGCAGAAAAUUGCUCAGAGCAUUGAAGGUCUGUUUCCAGCCGGUACGCGCUUUGAGGUUCGCCGUGAAGUUCGCUUAAAUCGUCAUGUAAACCAAAGGGAUCAUAUGAAAAUGGCCAAUUUUCACGUAAAACGAGAUUUGCCGAAGUGCAAAAUCACUCUAUGUGAGGAACAUCGAUUUAUGCCGGCUAACUAUGCAGACGUUUUGUCUCCAUGCGAUGAGUUGCCGUUCCAUAUGGCGUUUAUAUUUGAUCCUACGCUUGUGGCAGAGGUGACACACUAUACGAAUCUACGUCACAUUUCCAAAAAGGGAAAAUACGUAGUUCCAGACACAUACUUUGUGGCUGUGUUCAGAGGUGUUGAGAUAUUCUCUAUUCGUGAGCUUGUGGAAGCCUUUUUUCGCGCCUAUUUGGAGAAGACUGAGGAGGAGAUUGAGAAAAAUCACCCCUUUCAGCGUAUUUCCCCCGCUGAGAGAUGCGCUAUUCACGAGCUGUCCAAUUCAUCUGCGGCAAAAGCGGCUGCUACGGAGCAGGACAAACCUGCUGAGAUGUCAGACACAAUUCCGGUGGAGUUGGUGUCACCUCGAGCUUUUCUUGAAGCAAAGGAACAUUACAAAUUGAUCCGUUUCCCUGUACAACAGGUUUUGGUGCGUGACAGAGAAUUGGGAGUGAUGGUGCUUGGCCGCGCAAUGGACAAACAUGUUAUUGGCCCUCCAGCCCGUCCCUCGACGGCGUCCAAACAGGUUUCAGAUUCCAAAAGCAGCGAUCAAAGCGGGACACACUCUACACAAACGAGAAGUGAAAAUGAACUUAUUCGCGUACCUUCACCACUUUUGCCGCCAUUUGCACUCUGGCAUCUCACCGGUGCCACAGUGGAGGUGGUCGGUCUCUUCACACGUCCUUCUUCAUCCAUCCCGGAGUUCCGUGUUCGAUGCAGCCGCCAUGACAAUGACGACGUUACACUUUCACAAUGGUCACAGAAAUCAAAAAAAAAGCGAACAAGGGAAGGCCAGGCUCCCCUCAUUAUGUCCUUGGAAGAUGCUCAUCACUUUCUUUCUGGUCUCCAAGAAAAGGAGAUGCCAAAACGAGGGAUGAAAUGGCGGGUCGCGUCUUCUGUUUCUUCCAGUGGCACGAAUACUUUGACUUCUUUCAACGAGGCUUUGGACGCCUUCAGAUUGUAUAAUGAGAUGGGCCCCACUCUCGGAUGGCUGUUGCGCUCCAGCACGGCGUUCCUCAUUGUCUAG